AUGUCUGACACCGAAAAGGCGGCUGCCCCCGCUGCGGCUGCGCCUGCCGCGGACAAGAAGCCUGUUUCGUCGCUCGAGACCGAUCUGACCAAGUACAAGACUGCGGCAGACAUCGUGCAGAGCGUGACGAAGAAGCUGAUCGAGCUGGCGGUCGAGGGCGCCAAGGUGAUCGACCUGUGCAUCGAGGGCGACAAGCUGCUCGAGGCGGGCACGGCUGCAGUGUACAACAAGGCCGUCAAGGGCGUCAAGGUCACCAAGGGAAUCGCAUUCCCGACUUGUAUCUCGGUUAACAACUGUGUCGCGCACUUUUCCCCGCUCGCAUCUGAUGCGCAAUCGUCGCAAGUGCUGGCCAAGGACGACAUGGUCAAGAUCCACAUCGGGGCGCACAUCGACGGAUUCGCUGCCGUCGCGGCGGAGACGAUCGUGGUUGGCGCGUCGGCGGAGAGUCCCGUGACCGGACGGCGGGCAGACGUGCUGAAAGCGGCAUGGCACGCAGCAGAGAUCGCGAUGCGCAACGUCAAAGCGGGCAACAAGAACUGGGCAGUCACAGAUGCCGUCCAGAAAAUAACGGGCACCUGGGACUGCAAGCCUGUCGAAGGAAUGCUCUCGUGCCAACAAGGGCAGAACCAGAUUGACGGCAAGAAGCGCGUUAUUCUGAACCCCAACGAGGCCCAGAAACGCGAUACGGAGACUGCCACAUUUGCGGAGGGCGAGGUGUGGGGAAUCGACAUCCUUGUCUCGUCAGGUGACGACGGCAAGGCGCGGGUAGAAGAGGCGCGGACAUCGGUCUACCAACGCGACUCGCAGGUGACCUACCAGCUCAAAAUGAAAAACUCACGUGCGGUCUUCUCGGAGGUGCAGAAGAAGGCUGGCGCGUUCCCGUUCAACAUCCGCUCGCUGGAAGACGAGAAGCGGUCGCGGAUGGGCUUGCAGGAGGCGGUCCAGCACGGACUGGUCAAGCCGUAUGAAGUCAUCUACACACCGACGAAUACGUUUGUCGCUGCCUUCCACUUCACGAUCGCCUUGCUACCCGGCGGGCCAUCGCUGAUCACCCACCCGCCUGCGUGGUACAAGCCCGAGCUGGUCAAGACAGAGAAGGAGCUCGAGGACGAAGAGUUCAAGUCGCUCCUUGCACGAAACCUCCGCGAGAGCAAGAAGAAGAAAAAGGCAAAGACGGACGGCGCGGAGAAGGACGAGUGA